AAACAGUCGAUGCAAAAUGGGCUUGGGUAGAACUUUGAUUAUAUUGGGGCUAAUUGGCAGCGUCGUCGCUUGUCUGGCUAGCGCUAUGCCCCAAGGGACGGGCUCUGAUGACCAGAAGAUACUACGGAGCCAGGGAAGCACCUUCCUUUCCAACGGUGCGGGACAGAUCAUACGGGGAGCCGAUGGGAAGACCAUUUUGAUCGGAUCCGAUGGCCGUAGGAUUAUAGCAGAUACCUCCAUCUCGGAGGAGGAUGCCUCCCAGGACGAUGAUAGCUUCCUCGUCCAGAAUAAUGGUGGAUCCAGCAUCUCAUCAAACGACAACAACAUCUUCAUCAAUGGCGGGCAGUCCAACAUCAUCACGAGCAAUGGCAAGACCCUCCAAUACGGUACGGGAAACAUCAACUACAGUGGCUAUAAUGGACACUCGAUCAACGUGGUCAAUGGCGUCAUCACGCUGAGGGAGGGCGGCAAGCAGUACACGUUCGAGGCACAGCCGCCCAACGUCGAGAAGAGGGAGGCGAUUGUCAUCAACGGCCAGCCAGCCACAGUGCAGUACUCCCACGGCGAUGUCAUUGUAGAGCUAGCCGAUCAAACGGUGAUUGCCAUUGUUGGUAACACCUCCUUCAUUGGCGAUCGCACAUCCUUUGAGAAUCGGGACAAGCUGCAAGCGGAGGCCAAAACGUAUGCCGAGAACAUCCAGCGGCAAGUGCAAGAAGGCCUAAAGAAAUCGCUCCAGCAGAUGAACGAGGAUCUCCAAAAGAGUCUGGGGAACAUUCGCUUCUAGGCGAGUGAGGCAAAGCAUCUAAACAAAAAACCCUGUAAUGAAGCUUGACGACCAAUAAAUCUAUAUCUUUGUUACACAAAUGGGA